GCGAGGCGGGAAGAGAAGGAAAGAAGAAAAGGAAUCCCUCUCUCUCUCUUUCAGAGCACAUUCUCACUGAAGUAAGCCAACAGUAAAGUAAUGGAGUCGCCGAGGCAUUCGUGCUUGAAGCUUGAGCUCCCAAAUCCUACGGAGCUUGACGAGAUCGAGCUGAUUUUCAUCAAGGCCACAUGGUACGACACCCACUUCGACCUCUCCAUCACGAACGGCCUCGACUCUUGGGUCUGCAAAGUAUCGGAGGAAGAUGUGAGGGAACGAGCGGCUCAGUGGGACCAGCCAGUGGCAGAGUACAUUGAAUUGGCUGAGCGGUACUUAGGGUUUCAGCAGCCUGGUUCUGUUUACAAGUUCACCGACGCCGGAAACGGGCAGCGAAGAUUGUCAUGGACCUUCGAGAAGGAAGGGACAAAGCUGGAAUGGCGAUGGAAAUGCCAACCUUCACCCAAUCCUAAACAGACCAAUUCAGGAAUCUUGAACUUUCUUAUGGAUGCAAACAUAAGGCUCAGUGAAGAAGUUGUCAGAAAAACUAAAUCGUUUGAGAGGUUAAAAGUGGAAACUGAGAAAUGCCUGGCACAGAGUGAAAGUUUCAGCAAUGAGAAGACAGAAUUUGAGUCUGCAAUCUAUGCAAAGUUCCUUAGUGUCUUAAAUUCGAAGAAAGGGAAACUAAGGGAGCUCCGGGAGCAACUUGUCAAGGCAGGUGGUAAUGGUGGGAAAUCACUAGAAGAAGAUGAGGAAUCCACGGAAAAGACAGACCCUUUUGAUGAGGGAAGUGAUAGUGAGGUAGAGACAGUAAAGAGCGGCAUUGGGACAUCAGAAGAUGUACAGAAGGGUAAAUCUCGUGGUCGGAAGGGGAUUGCAUUGAAAUGAAUAGUUCUAUAGACCAAGACUGCUUUUGCUUAGGCGGAACAAGCUCUCUCUCCCUUAUAUGUACAGAGACUUGUUCUUUCACAUUGCUGAUGGCGUUUUCUUGUAGAUUCCUCAUUUUGUCAUUGUGCUGAUGGCCUUUUCUUGUAGAUUCCUCAUUUUUGUAAUUGCACAUAUCUAAUGUUCUUGAUUAUACAACAUGGCCUGGCACCCAUUAGCAGUAGAAAUGAAAUUUUUGGAUUAUGGAAGGACUUAUGAUAUGAUUGUCCUGAAAUCGCAAAAUUUGACUACUAUGGUAAAUUUUCUAAAGUUGUGUUUA